CGAACAAGAAGAAGAACAGUUGCAAUCAUAUGACUUGUCGAUCGAUAGAGAAAUAAUAAAGGUUGCAAUUUCGUGAACGCUGCUACGUUGGAAAAGUUAAUUUCCAUUUAACUCAAACAGCCGAACGAGUGACAAACUGUGACCAGCAGCCAACUCUUUUAAGCCACCACCAACAAGAGUUGAAGCGAAUUACCAACCUUCUCACACUCUCUCUCUCUCUCCCACCCUCUGCGUGCGUUUGUGUGUGUGUGUGCGUAAGUCACAAUAAUGGACAGCUCGGGAUUCAUGUUCAACGUCGACAAUGGGUAUUUGGAGGGCCUGUGCCGCGGCUUCAAGUGCGGCAUACUGAAGCAGGCGGACUACCUAAACCUGGUGCAGUGCGAGACCUUGGAGGAUCUGAAGCUGCAUCUGCAGGGCACGGACUAUGGCAGCUUUCUGGCCAACGAGCCGUCGCCGUUGUCGGUGUCCGUGAUCGAUGACAAGCUGCGCGAGAAGCUGGUAAUUGAGUUCCAGCAUAUGCGCAACCAUGCGGUGGAGCCGUUGUCCAAUUUCUUGGACUUUAUCACGUACGGCUAUAUGAUCGAUAAUAUUAUAUUGUUGAUCACGGGCACGCUGCACCAGCGUCCCAUUUCGGAGCUGAUACCCAAAUGCCAUCCGCUGGGCAGCUUCGAGCAGAUGGAGGCGAUACAUGUGGCAUCCACGCCCGCUGAGCUCUACAAUGCCGUGCUGGUGGAUACGCCGCUGGCGCCGUUCUUUGUUGAUUGCAUUUCCGAGCAGGAUCUGGACGAGAUGAACAUUGAGAUCAUUCGCAAUACCCUGUACAAAGCCUACUUGGAGGCCUUCUACAACUUCUGCAAGAACAUGGGCGGCUCCACCGCCGAUGUCAUGUGCGAGAUUCUGGCCUUCGAGGCCGAUCGUCGCGCCAUCAUCAUAACGAUCAACUCGUUCGGCACGGAGCUCUCCAAGGAUGAUCGCGCCAAGCUGUAUCCCAACUGCGGCAAGAUGUAUCCUGAUGGGCUGGCCGCAUUGGCGCGCGCCGACGAUUACGAACAGGUGAAGACCGUCGCCGAGUACUAUGCGGAGUAUGCGGCGCUGUUCGAUGGAUCCGGCAACAAUCCGGGCGAUAAGACGCUGGAGGACAAGUUUUUCGAGCACGAGGUGAAGCUGAACGUGUUCGCGUUCUUGCAGCAAUUCCACUUUGGUGUCUUCUAUGCGUACCUAAAGCUCAAGGAGCAGGAGUGCCGCAACAUUGUCUGGAUUGCCGAGUGCGUCGCCCAGAAGCAUCGCGCCAAGAUCGACAACUACAUACCCAUAUUCUAAGCCACCUUUCA